AUGGACAGUGUCUCCAAAAGAAUCGUAACAUAUAUUUAGAUAGUGGAGCUUGUGAGGAAAACUUCAAAAUUCUUCAAUGAUCUUGCUGAGCAGCUUUCUCAAAUAAGAGUAAAAAGACAGAGAUCUAAGAAAAAGCAUAACAAGUCAGGGUUCUAUUUAUACUUGGGAGAACAAAUAAAGCAGCUAAAAGGAGACAAUGAAGAAGAAUCAAUUGAAAAUAUCGCAGAGUUGAGAAAAAUUAUAACAAAUAGCUGGAAUGAAUUGAGCAACUCUGAAAAAAAGAAAUGAAGAAAAAAAGCUCUAGAAGAAAAGGAGCAGGUGAGAUUGAUGGAGGAACCUGGGAAUGGUGGAAAAGAGCUCAUAGAUCUCAAAAGCUCAUCAUCAAUUGAAAGUGAUAGCGAAAGCAGCAGUGAUAGUGAUAGUGAUAGCGACAGUGAAGUCAGCGAAGAUGAAAAGAAAAAGAAAAAGAAAAAAGAUAAGAAGAAAAACAAGAAAAAAGAUGGGAAAAAAGACAAGAAAAAAGAUAAGAAAAAAGAUAAAGGCAAAAAGAAGAAGAAAAAAGAUAAAAAAGGAAAAAAGAAAUCGAAAUCAGAUAGCGAAGAUGAAGGAAAGCCAAAGAAGAAGCAUAAGAAAUCGUAA